AUGGUGAUCUUGCAAAAACAGAAGGCUGCGUCAGAGCCCCGGAAGGAGGAGCUUGAUAGACUGGCGGAACUCAGGAAAAUUGUACCCAUAGAAGAAAAGGAGAUCGACAGGCUUACACAAGGUUCGAGGCAGCUUAAGGAGAAGGCUUUAGAGCUUCAGAGUAGGAUAGAGACUGCAGGCGGGGAAAGGUUAAAAGCCCAAAAGUUGAAGGUUAACAAGAUUCAGUCGGACAUUGAUAAAAACAGCACGGGAGUCAACCGUUGCAGGGUUCAAAUAGAAACAGGUCAUAAAACAAUCAAGAAAUUAAUGAAGGCGAUUGAGGAAUCAAAGAAGGAGAGAGAGCGACUGCUUAUGGAGAUGGAGAAUUUACUCUCUACCUUCAAAGAGAUCGAACAAAAGGCAUUUACAGUUCAGGAGAACUAUAAAAAACCACAGGAGAUGAUCACACUUGGAGGAGAUGCAGAACUUGAGCUGGUGGACUCUUUGGAUCCUUUCUCUGAAGGUGUUGUUUUCAGUGUUAGGCCACCUAAGAAGAGCUGGAAGAAUAUUGCAAUUUAA